AUGUAUAGAACAGAUGAAUUAAUUAUUUUUAUUAUACGUAAUGGUUUUGCACGUAUUAUUAUGUCUACGUUACUUAUAAUUUGUUAUAUUCGAGCUAUGUGUGAAAAACAACAAUUAUGGAUAUUAUCAAAUUUUUGUUAUAUUGGUUUAAUAUAUCUUAUUAUUGAUUGGUGGAUUAUUUUAUUGAAAAUCUAUGUACAUAGAAAAAUUGUUGAAUAUUUCUGGAUUAAUACAGGUGUAGCCAUAUUUAUUACAUUUACAAUGCCUCCCUUAUGGGUUUUACGUUAUGCAUAUUUUGUACAAUCUGUAAAAGAUUCUAAACUACAAGCUAAACAUGCAAAUCUUAAUUUAGAAUCUUAUGUUAGUAAAUGUUGGGAUUUAAAAGAAAAACAACAACUUCAUCUAAUGGAAUUUGAAACAGUAUCAAUGAAUCAAGCAAAAUCAACAGUUGAAAUAAAUAAUAGUACAUGUGAUCGAAUAGAAGAAAUAAAUGCUGAUGAUUGGUGUGUUUAUGGUAUAUGUUUAAUGAAACAGAUGCCUGAUGAAAUGCUAGAACAAGUUGUAGUACUCGCUACAAUUUGUCUACGUUGGAUGAUAACUGGUAAUUUGGGUCUUGAUCAGUUGAUUACAUAUUUUAUUUCAACUGCUUCUGAUAUUGUCGAUUUUUCUUCGACAAUGGUUGGACAAAGUGAACAAUUAAUUGAAAAUAAAAAUAAGAAUAUGAUGAAAGCUAUUAUUGCUGCAUAUUUUAUAUCUCUCUCACAAUUCAGUGUUAAUCUAUCUGGUAAACGAAAACAUGAUCAUAUAUAUGAUACAAUUGUUUGGUCAAAUGCAAAACUUGAAGAACGUUUUCUUAUUAUAAUAGAUUUUUUAUUUGGUACUGAAAUUUGGGGUAUUUUAGCACAAAUGGCAACUGAGGAUGGUCUUUUACUUGGUUUACGUAUUGCCGUUGUCGUUAAAUUUGAUGCGAGUACACUUGAAAACUUAUUUUUUGUUGUCAAAAAUAUUCUUACAAUUGCUAUUUUUACAUAUUAUGCAGCAGCUAUAACAGAUUCAUAUGUUCGACAUCGUCAUCGUUAUCAACAUUAUUUUUUAACAUCAAAUAAUGUUCAAUAA